UCGUGCCUGAGCAGGUACUAUCUACUGUCGCCGAAGUACAGCUUGCAAGAACACUGUUUACACUGUCUAUCAUGGUUCCUUGGUAUUUCUCUAUAGCCUACGGCCAAAUACAAAUCCAUCCCGAAUCCAAUGGGACAUCUCCACACCAAUCACGGCAGACACCCAUCCCGCCUUAUGACCGGAGAAUGCGUCACACACAACUAUCAGACUGUUUCCAUCCCCACAGCCGAAUUCUCGAACCCCGAAGCGCCGCACAUCGAGUACGAUGAGGAAGGCCGGGCUCACAAGGGCAAGCCUGUCGCCGCCACCGGCCCAGACGGAGAGCCUGUACCCACAGAGAGCUUUUUCCAGAAGUAUUGGAUGUAUAUCAUACCAGCUAUAGUGAUAUUUAAUCUGGUCACAGCGCCUGCGUCGGCGGGAGGCGAGGCUGCCGCGGAAGGUACUGCUGCUGCUGCCGGGGGCGGGGGUGGGGCCAAACGCUCGUGAGGGUGCUCAGAGCGAGUAUUAGUAUGGACACGUCUACAGGUGUGCAGUCGAAUGCGCAAGGACGCAAACAAUAAACGGAAUGAAACUGUACAGACUGCCGUUGAUUGCUGACGUUUGCCAUGAGUGUAGAGCGCCCGGUUGAGUAUGAUGUCAGCUUGACUAGCGUAUCGUUGUUGAUUGUCUGAAUACAUCGUGUCGUCAUAGCAACGCUUACGAAGUCACUGCACCUGCUACGUCUGGAGAAGAGCGAGGUGCAUGUCAAUGAGUAGGUUAUAGAAAAUAUACAUACAUUGUACAUAUCCAUUUAUUGUAUUACAUAUACAUAUAUUGUCAUACAUAUACAUAUCGAUUGAUUCCUAUCAUUCGUUCGGGAUUUAUGUUGUCAAUCAUAUGUAUUCGUAAGACUCGGUGAUAUCCAUUUUGGAUAGAAAAUUCAUAAACACUAAUCUACUGAUACCCGUUAAACGGCAUUGUGAGGGAGUUAUAAGUUACAUGAAACGCGAGCAACUUAUAUUACCGUUAUUCGUAAGGGAGUAGGAUUGUCUAUUAUUUGC